AUAAAAAGUGAGUAAAGUAUUUUACUGGCAAACAAUGCCACCCAAACCGCAUGCCGAUGUCCAGCUGAGCAAGAAGCUGUCCUGGUUGCUGCGGCACGGAGCAAAGACCGAGGGGAUUCCCAUCAGAGCGGAUGGAUUCGUUAGCGUCACCGACCUGCAGGAGCACCCGCGCUACAGAUCCUUCACCCUGGAGAAGCUACAGGAGAUUGCAUCCGCGGACUCCAAGCAGCGAUAUACUCUUCGCUGGAACCCCGAACGCCGCGUCCACGAGAUUCGCGCCAAUCAAGGACACUCGUUGGCGGUCGUGGAAAGCGAGGCUGGCGGCCUGGAGAGGAUUGACCAUAUGGAAGAGAUUCCCUUGGCAGUGCAUGGCACCUAUUACCGGCACUGGGAGCCAAUAAAAACACAAGGCCUAAGCAAGAUGAAGCGCAACCAUGUGCACUUUGCCAGCAGCGAUAAGAGCAACUGCGUCAUAAGUGGAUUCCGCAGCGAUUGCCAGAUUUUGAUAUACCUAAACGUGGAAAAGGUGCUGGCCGAUGGCAUACCCAUCUACCGCUCCAGCAACAAUGUACUGCUCUGCCCGGGACGGAAUGGCUUGAUAUCCAAAUCGUAUUUCCUCAGGGUGGUGGACAGAAAAACGGGGCAGGCCCUAGCUUACUGAUCAUUGUUAAUGAAUAAACCCAGCCGGUAUCGAAAAUAA